GUGGCGAACAGCCCGCGAUCGAGGCAGCUUCGGAACCGCAGUCUGGUAGAUGGGCUUCUGUCCACCGCAGCUUCCGCAACGGCUACUUUGUGCCCCUGAGCGGUGCGGACGUGGACCAGGCGCGGUCCGCCUUCCAGGAGGCCGUGCAGGCGCCAGGGAGGUCGGGGGCGUGCACAGGCCGUGAGCUCGGCAGACUCUGGCCAGAGGCGAGAAGGCCUUCCUCCGCCUCCUCGUACAGGGUGUUGCCGACGCGUCGGCGCGGCGCCCUUGAAUUCGACCUCGUGGUCGGCACGGUAGUCCACAAGAAAGUCGGACCAACGAGUCAGCCGACAUGGUUGUCGACAUUCUAG